AUGGACCUCAAACCAUUCAAGCUCGACAUUGAUGAGCUCAUCCAGGAGUUUGCUGAGAGUGAAUCAACUACCUUGACUGAAUUCAAAAAGAUCUGGCUUUCGAGGAAGUUCUCAUUUAUAUUCGAGGCUAGACCUUCCACUAACCAAGGUUUCUUUAUGCAGUCAUUGUAUGCGCAUUCCAUUGGUCACAUGAUUUCAGCAGGUUCUCUCUCAACUAGAUUGGGUGGCCUCUACUGCUUGUAUUGCUUGUACGAAACACAGCCAUUCAAGCCACCUUCCAAAAUUUAUUUGUCUCUUGGCGAGUUGAGGCAGCUCAAGACCCUUGCUCUUGAGGCAAAGACAAGGGAUGUGAAAAUGGUUUCUACUUUACUGAAGAGUAUGUUUGAAAGGAACAUGUUUCUUUUCGGGUUUGUAGGUGUAAAUGAAGACUCUGCUACAAAAAGAGUGAAUGAGCUUACAGAUAUACAGAAUGCUCGUGUCCAAACAGCUUAUAGGAAGUUAUUUGCUGAUUCGCGACUGGGACACUUCAUCCACAUGGACCUGGGCACGGAGCUUGAUGUCAAUUUGCUCAAGGAAAAAUCAUCUGAUUAUGCAUUGGCCAAGGAAAUUGCCCUUAAAGAGGCUGGCCAAGUGAUAGACGUCGAAAAUAUAAAGCACAUAGUUGAAAAUAAGAAAGUGAUAGGGGAGGUGGUGGAGAAGGCUGCUACAGAUUGGAAUUCGGAGAAAGAAAUGCUGUAUGAAAGAACAGGUCUUCCGGUUGCUUUACCUCAAGACCAAGAAGAAGAAGAAGAGAACGAGUAUGAAAGGGCACAAGUGGUCGGUUGGCCGCCGGUUAGAUCUUACCGGAAAAACGCCAUCCACCAGCACCACCAGCAGCAGCAGAAAAAACCCGAGCCCGAAAACGGGUCCGGGUUUUUUGUUAAGGUGAGCAUGGAUGGAGCUCCAUAUUUGAGGAAGAUUGAUCUCAAAUUCUACAACAAUUACUUAGAUCUCCUCAAGGGCUUGGAGAACAUGUUCAAGUGCACUAUAGGAGUGUACUCGGAGAGUGAAGGGUAUAACGGAUCCGAAUUCGCGCCUACAUACGAAGACAAAGAUGGGGAUUGGAUGCUCGUCGGGGACGUGCCGUGGGAAAUGUUCGUCGUCUCUUGCAAGAGACUAAGGAUUAUGAGAGCCUCGGAAGCUAAGGGCUUGGGAUGUAUGUAA